AAACAAUUAAGAUUGCAAGAUAAGAGACAAAGACAAUUUGCUCUUCGGCAGGCAGAAACAGUGGAACAAAGGCAGGCAAGAUUAGAAGUUCAGAAACAGAGGGCAAGAACUUAUCGUACAACUCUCAAGGUAGAUAUCAGAUGAAAAUGACACAGGAAAAAAAGAAAGAAAUACAGCACCUUGGGGAGCAACACUUGAAGAAGCAACACAAGAAUCAAAUGUUAAGAAAUCAGCAAUCACAUGACAGAUGGCAAAUGAACAGUGCUUUAUCAACUCCAAAGAUUUCAAAAUGUGUACAUCCAACUAAAAUGCCAGUCCAGCAAGAUUCAAGUUUAGCACAAGCAUCGCAAAAUAUUACAAAGCCAGGUCAGGUGUUGACUUCACCAUUUCAAAUAACUCCAUCCAAAUCAAAGCUGGUGAAAGAUCCGAAUCAAACAACUGUAUCUAAAUCAAUAAUUAGGAAAAAAGAUUUACUGAAACGAAAAUUGCUAGUUACUAGUCAUCAACGUUAUGUGAUGUCUAACCUAGCAUCUAUGUGGAGAAGUAGAAAAUUAUGUGAUGCUAGUAUUAGCAAUGGCUCAUCUACUGUGAUGGUCCAUAAAAUAGUCUUGUCUGCUGUGUCUCCAAAACUGUUCUCAGUAAUUAGUACAUACAUCUCUUCUCAGUUUUUUGAAGUGAAAUUUCCUGAAGUAAGCACAGAAACUUUAAUGGCUUUUGUUGAAUACAUGUAUACUGGACUAUUAGAUCUUGAUCUUAAUAUUUUACAACAGCUAAAAGUCAUUGCAAAACAAUUAGACAUGAAAGAUUUACAAAAUAUGUGUGAUGUUCAUCUUCUGCGUGGAGCACGUCAGCAAAUUGCUUCAACAGUCACUGCAUUUGAUGAUACCAGGCAGAUGCCAUCUAAUAUUUCAGCUGUUCCUACUGAGGAUAUUAAACAGCAGGAGGUUUCUCAAAAUGAAUUAGCAGAACUUAAAGAAGAUACAGUUAGACUCUUUGAGCAAAAGAUUGAGGCUGCAUCUCCGGACACUAAGGAUAGCAACUCUCCAGUUGGUUCUGUUAUUCUUCCCACUGUAAAAAUCGAGCCUGUAGGACCUGAUGAUGACGAAUAUGGUCAAAUGAAUAAAAGAGCUUCAACAUCUAGUUCAGUUUCAGAUAGUUCUCGGGCACUAAACACUCCUUUGAAUUCUAUAGCUGUAUCGACUACAGAUUUUAGCUUACCAUUUUCAGAUACCACAAAUAGCAAAGCAACAACAAAUAAGAUAUAUGGAACAUCACCCAAAUUAAAAUCUAAUGUAUUUGAAAGUUCUCCAGUUUCUGACUUAUCUCCUGUGUCAUAUAGUGAAGAAAAACUGUGUUCUCAAUCUAGACUCAUAAGAGAAGACUCUUCUAAAUCACUAAAUCGGACAACAACAACUCAGUUAAUUGACAACAAUGUGAUUUGUGGUAGCAAUGAAGAUGUCUAUCCUGUAGGACUUUUUACAGCAGAAGGGGACAGAUUACCAUUAUCAUCAACACAAGUUACCAAUGUCAAAAAUACAGGUUUAUAUAAAACAGAUGGUUUUACUUGAUAUCAGAAAUAGUUUUCAGUUUACAGACACAUACACACUGAUAAAUUGAGCUUUAGUUUUGUAAUAAAUAAUUUUUGAAAUA